GAUUGGAAGAAGGGUUUACCUUGUCAAGCUGCCGAAGGAGGGAGACCUCAGUGUUUGCAAGAACUGGCGUGGAAUCACUCUCCUGUCUACCCGAAGGAAGCGAAAUACUAAGCCGCAUCAUCCCGGAGAGACUAAAGGAUGCACUGGAUUCAAAACUAUGACCGGAACAGGCUGGCUGGAUUCAGGAAGUACAAAUCAUAUGCGGACCAAAUUGAAACGCUUCGCAUCAUCCUAGAGCAGAGUAUAGAAUGGCAGUCAACUCUACACCUCAACUUUAUCGACUUUGAGAAGGUCUUUGACAGAGUCGACCGAGAAGUAAUUUGGAAGCUGCUUCAACACCACGGAAUACCACAAACCUUUAUCAACCUCAUUCAACAACUAUAUGAAGAGGCCACAUGCCAAGUAAUUCACAAUGGGAAGCUCAGUGAUGCUUUUGAAGUGAAGACAGGGGUGAAACAAGGCUAUCUACUAUCACCUAUGAUUUACCUGAUUGUAGUGGACUGUGGCAUGCAACGAACAGUGGGGAGCGAGAAGAGGGAGAUACGCUGGACUGCGGAAAAGAACCUAGAAGACUUGGAUUUCGCCAAUGACUUGUGUCUGAUGUCACACAAACUUGAAGAUCUGCAGGCGAAAACUAACAAGUUAGCAGAAGAGGCAGCGAAGACGGCACUUCAAGUGAAUGUAGGGAAGACAGGUGAUGAAGAUACCCAAGCAACAACAACAGCAACAACAAACUCCAAUCACCAUGAACGGGAGAAACUUAAAGGAAGUAACCUCCUUCACCUAUCUAGGAAGCACUGUUUCAACUACAGACGGCACAGGCACAGAUGAGGACGUCAAAGUCAUGCAGGAUCGAGAAAGCAAGACAGGCGUUCAUUAACCUGAAACCAGUGUGGAGAUCUUCUGCACUCAGCAUGUUUAACAAGAUACGGAUUUUCAACACCAACGUCAAGUCAGUGCUUCUGUAUGGUUCAGAGACUUGGCGCGUUACGAAAGGGGUUUCCAACAAACUACAGACAUUCAUCAACAACUGCGUAAGCUGGCUCGUUACUGAAGCUCAGAUGGC